AUGCUACAGCAGUACUUUUCUCCUGAUUACGAACUUGACAUGAUGAAGCCGACGCCAUUCUGGGACGAUCUGGAUGAGGAUGAGAAUAAGGAUAGCAGGUUUACCAAACGGCGGUUUGACCAGUACAUCGAGAAGGAGGGCGAGCUAAGUGACAGCGAAGAUGAGGAUGAACAGGCUGCGAACGGCAUCCGGCCGCAACCCGGAAUUAUCAAGCGUCGGAACCAGGUCAACUAUCGAAAUCUCGACGGUGGUGAUUCUGGCGUUGACAGUGGCCUGGUUACUCCUCGGGAAGAAUCAUCGUUGCCAGAUGAAGACGCCGGCCUUGAUGAGAAAAUGGAGAUUGCCGAAGAAGCUGAAGCCGAAGCCGAAGCCGAAGCUGAGGCACAAGACAAGGGAACCCCGUCUCCUGAAGAACCUGCGACACGAUCGGAGUCAAGAAUGGAUGCGGAUGAUAUAUCCAUCAGCGAGCGCAAUGAAGUUUCUGCCGCUCCUGGCGCUGCGGGGGAGGAGGAACCGUCGGAGUCUGUACCUCUAUCAACUCGUGAAUCAAUCGCACGGGAAGCUACUGCCGAUAUGGACACAACGAUGGAAGAUGCACCACCCGAAGACCCUACCACCAGUACCGCCACUGCCGUCCCAGAGGUACGAAAUGUACCUGAAGAAGAGCCACGAAGAACAACACCACCAAAAUCACCAGCAGUAGAAGCUCCUCAAGCGGCUCCUGCUGAACUGUUGCAAUUCUCUUCAGCUCCAGAAGGGCCAUCGGGGCCAUCGGAAACAAAUGCAGGCACGAACACAGAAUCAACCACCGCGAUUACGAAAGGGAGGCCUUUGAAGCAAGAGGAGAAGGAUGAUGAACAACAGCUACAAGCAUAA